AUGGGAGCCCUUUUCACUGGGGCCUCCUCCCUAACCAAGCUCUCCGCCGUCGCACGUGUGUCGCCUGCGCUUUCGCCCAAGCAGUCGCUUGUUUCGCUUAGCGAUCGCCUGAUUCACUCCGGAUUAAUCUCCACGCGCGUUACCAAGAACCGUCUUUUCCGAUCCAACCGAUUUUCCCAUCACGCCGCAAUGGUCGCCGGGAUCGGCGGCGGAAUUGGCGGCCACUCGGCCGAUCAGCAACAACCUGCGAGGCCAGUUACUGUCGCAGCGGCGGCGGCGGCAGGGGAUGGCGGCGCCGCAGCGUCGUCGCAAGUGACGGAGCCUCCUACCGGCGCGAAAACGGGGGUAGAAGCCGCGGCAGGAGCGGUGACGGGGGGAGGGAAGGCGGGAUUGCGGCGACUGGAGGAGCUGGAAUGGGAGAGCACGUUCGUCGAUAAGCUGCCUGGGGAUCCUGUUGAAGAAAAUCACGUCCGAAUUGUCCGCAACGCGUGUUACUCCCGCGUGCGACCGUCGCUUAAGCUCAAGGACCCGCAGGUCGUCUCGGCGUCGGAGUCUGUGGCUCACCUCAUUGGCCUUGAUCCGAACGAGUUUACUCGUCCUGAGUUUGCAGCGGUCUUCACAGGCGGCAUUGUGCUGCAGGGCUGUGUUACGGGGGGCACCAGUUCACCCACCCACCCCCGUCCCUCCUCUCCGCCGUUCCCCCACCCUUCUCACCCCCUGUUCCUCUUCCCCUCCAGCAAGCCCUACGCGCAGUGCUACGGGGGGCACCAGUUCGGGUCGUGGGCGGGGCAGCUGGGGGAUGGGCGCGCCAUCACUCUGGGGGAGGUGGUGCUGGGGGAGGGGGAAGGCGCGCAGGGGGAGGGGGGGAAGGCGGAAGGCGCGCAGGGGGAGGCUUCACAGGGGAAGGGGUGGAGGGAGAGGUGGGAGUUGCAGCUGAAGGGGGUGGGGAAGACGCCGUAUAGUAGACACGCGGAUGGGCGGGCUGUGCUGCGCAGUUCCAUUAGAGAGUACCUCUGUAGCGAGGCCAUGGCUGCCCUGGGUGUGCCUACAACGAGGGCGCUCUCUGUUGUCACGACUGGGGAGAAGGUGCUGCGAGACAUGUUCUACAAUGGCAACGCCAAGUUUGAGCCAGGAGCAGCUGUGUGCCGCGUGGCACCCUCCUUCAUCAGGUUUGGCUCGUUCCAGAUCCAUGCCUCCCGGGGAGGCUUGGACAAGGAGAUGGUUCGGGUGCUGGCGGACUACACCAUUCUGCACCACUUCCCGCACCUGGCCGAUCUCCCCGAGCCUCCGGUGCAGGUUCGGGAGCCAGGUUCGGAGGAGGAGGAGGAGGCUGGGGAUCCCGAUGCUGUGGAUGUCACGACAAACAAGUAUGCAGCAUGGUUUGCAGAGGUGGCUGAGAGAACAGGACACCUAGUGGCGCGGUGGCAAGCAGUGGGGUUCACACACGGUGUGCUCAACACGGAUAACAUGAGCAUCCUCGGCCUCACCAUCGACUACGGCCCAUUCGGCUUCCUCGACUCCUUUGAUCCGGACUUCACUCCCAACACGUCGGACAUGCCUGGGAGGAGAUAUUGCUUCCGGCAGCAGCCGGACAUCGGGCUGUGGAACGUGGUGCAGCUGGCCAACACGCUCGUGACAGGUGGCAUUAUUGGAGUGGCGGAGGCGCAGCACGGGGUGUCGAGGUACGCCGAGUCGUUCCUCUCAGCCUACCAGCAACGCAUGGCAGCAAAGCUGGGUUUGCCCUCAUACGACAAGGACCUCACUCAAUCUCUUUUGCAGCUCAUGGCGAAGCACAGCAGUGAUUUCACCAACACCUUCCGUGCUCUCGCCCGCGUGCCCGCUGAACAAGAAACGUCUGAUGCUGACCUGCUAGCUCCAAUGAGGGGAGCGCUGGGCCUGCAGGAAGGGGCAGGGAAAGAUGGAGAGAAGGAGAAGGAGUGGGUGGACUGGCUUCGUCUCUAUACUGCCAAGCUACGGGCCGAAAAGGUUUCAGAUGCUGCCCGCCGGGCAGCUAUGGAUGCAGUCAACCCAGCCUACAUCCUCCGCAACUACCAAUGCCAGCUGGCGAUCGAGGCAGCAGAGCGGGGAGAUUUCAGCGUUACACGGCGGCCGCUCCCGUCGCUCGGAUUCAACGCGGGAGUGGCGAUCAAGGGCGGCUGUCCCGGCGCCGCCAAAUGCGUGAUCGACGGGCGGCACAAGUUCGCCGUGUUUUCCGGCGGGUUCAACUGCUUCAUCUCGUUGGAGCAGGUCACCGUGCGCAACGCCGUCAACGGCGUGCACACUGGCGGCUGCGCCGUCACGGCGCGCCGAGUCACGUUCAUCAACAACGUCGCGCGGACUACUGGCGGUGGCGCCGUGAGCGGCAACGGCGGCGCGAUCAACGUGGGGCAGGAGCCCGUGGGCGGCCCGCGCGUGCAGCUCGCGGGGUGCACGUUCCGCGGGAACCGCGCGGUGAAUGGCAAGGGCGGUGCGAUCUAUAGCGAGGAUAACGUGUUGUACAUGAAUUCCGUCAAAUUCGAGAAGAACUAUGCACUGGUGGGUGGAGGCGCCAUUGCAACAACAGCCAAGAGCCUCACUAUAGUCAAAUCCACUUUCUUUAAGAACGUCGCCGUUCAGCCGCCAACUGGACGAAACAAUGGCGCGGACAGCGGAGGAGGAGCUAUCCUUGUCUCUUCUCGAGACUCUUCACUCUCCCUCUGUUCCACUUCUUUCGCUGGUAACCGCAACAACAUGCGUGCGCAAGCCAACGACAUUGCGGUUCGGCAGCUCGCAGCAGGCUCGGGAACAGGCUCGGUGAGCUUCUGCAGCAUGCCCGCGCCUGCAAACGUGGACCGGGCGCCGGGGCUGAAGAUCCGAGCCAGCUGCAAGGGCUGCACGGGGUGCGAUAAUGACUGUAACGGGCACGGGACUUGUGUCUAUAACGCGGAUUUUACCCCCAGCUGCCAGUGUGUGCGGCGGUGGGACAACGAAACGGCAUGUGCGACGUGCGUUACGGGUUACACGCGACUGAGUAGCUGCAGGGCGUGUUCGCCGGGGUUCUUCGCAACAGGAAGGAAAAACCAGUGUGCUCCGUGUGCGGCCCUUGACAAGGUGCCUGGUCUGCGAGACAACCUGCAGCACAUAACAGGGAUGGUGCGCCUGCCGUCCUACAAGCAGUGCCAGCAGCAGUGCCUCGCCACACAAGUGCAGCAGGCUGAAUACUGCAACCUCUGGGCCUACAUUGCCAAUAGCGCCGCCAACGGGGACUGCGGCGGAAAGUGUAUUAUGUUCCAUGACCCUGACGAUUGCGGGGUAGGGAAGAUCGUUGCGAAUAAUCAGCUGGGGGUGUGGUACCAGUAUGCGGAACCUAGUUUCAAUGCUUGCAGCUAA